AUGAUGAAAAAAAUUAUGCUUUCAAUUUUACUAUGUCUGUUGUCUUUUCAAUUAAGUCAUACAUUUAUAAAAGAAAAUGGUGAAAUUAAUGAUAAAAAUGUCAUAUUUAUGCAAAUAGACAGAGAUAUGAACGAGCCGCCUUAUUCUGUAAUUAACGUCUUCUACACGGAGUCACUCUUAAAUGAUGAUUUAGUUAAAGAAAUAGAAAACAAUAGAAAAAUGGAGAAAAAUAAAAUUCAAAAUUAUUUUAGAAAGAAUCUGUCUGCAAAUAAGUAUUUCAUGGAUUACUCUACUAAGCAAAAAGAACAAAUGGAGUCAUUAAUUGAUUUAAGUUGA